UAAUUCUCCCGCGGCGCACUUUAUUUUAUACAGCCGAACUUCCCAAUUUUCCAACGCGACGCUAACGUGCGCACUUCACUCCCUUUGACGAAUCCAUUAACGCCAUCGCGGUGGUGCUCCGCCGCACACAGGUCUGACCUCCACCCACCCCUCUCUUCUCCUCUCAUUAGGGCUUAGUAACUGGUUGAAAAACCUAGGUAGAUUUUAUAUUUUAUAAUUUUUUUUUUUUUUAUCUCUGUAUUUUUUCAAUGGUAGAUUUUAUCGAUUGAGGACUUAGAGUAGAGGGAGGCCAUUGGCAGAAGGUGUUGGGAUUUCUAGGCGUGGCUUCAAUUUUUGAUAAUUGUGGCUGAAUUGCUUUAAGGCGAGGUGCAUGUGAAUCAUGAGCUUUAAUUUUUUGACAAUAGAGAAGUGGAAGGUGAUGAUUGGUUUCCCUGAUUUGGGCACUGAAGCUGGAUUAGGGUUACGAAAGACUCUGUUUUUGUAAAAAGAUAUGUUUGACAAAAUGGAUGUGGAGGACAAGAAGUCCGGCUUUAAGAAAAGAUCGAAAUUUCUCGAGUCGAAUAUGGUUGAUUCUGAUGAUGAUGAGCCAAUUGGGUCACUGUUGAAGUUAAAGAGGCAGAGAAACCCUAAGAAGGUUAAGCCACGGUCAGAGGGUGGCGGCGAAAGGGGCAACAAGGUUGAGGACGAAGAACAGUAUUUGGGGGGGCUGGAUGAUACCUUGGCAAGUUUGAGGAAGAAGUUGAAGGGUCCUAAGAAAGAUUCUGGGACUGGAACUAUGAGGGGAAGGAGUUUUGAUUUGGAUGGUGUACAGUCUUUGGAUCAGUCCUCUAAUGGGCAUGGGGAUGACAGGGGAUUAGAUGCAAAAGCGAUGUCAAGAGUUUUAGAGAAAGGCCCUGUCAUGGGUGAUGAUGGAUCUGAUGUGACUAUCGAUAUAGGGGUAGAAAACAAGCUCAGUGGGAAUGGAAAGGGAAAGAGACCCAAGAUUUCUAGGUCUCUGAGAUUUGGGGAAGGUUCUAAUAGCUCUUUGGAUCAUCAUCCAGGAGAUUCAUUACCAGCAUUUUCCUGGAAGUCACAAUCUGGUUUGGUAAUGAAUUCUCGUGCCUCUUCAAGUCCUAAAGAGAAGAGUGGUUCUAAGGUUUUGGAGGAAGGGUUGAACCCUAGUGUGGAUGGUGUUGCACGAAACACCAUACCUUUAUCUGAUUCAAAUUCAUUGGAUUCAGCCUCUGAUCAGUGUAAGGCAGAUGAAAGUCAAAGUUUUGAUUACAGAUUAAGAUUAUGUCAAGCCUCUAACCUCCAUAGGGAGAAUCAAGAGACAUUCAAUGAUAAAAAGCAUAAAAGGCCUUACAAAGUUGUUUCAGAAGAUCGAGCUCCUGCCUACUCGCAUUCAGGAUUUGAUUCCAAAUUGAUUAAGAAUGAAGCGAUAGUGGAUCCUUCUGGUUCAAAUUUUCAAGAGGGACCAUGCAGCUCAGAUGAAGUUAAUGAUGGAGACAGCAAACAUUUGACUCAGCAAACGCGAACUUUUGAGGAUGGAUUGAAGCACUGCUCUAUAGGAGGUUCCAUUCAGUCCAAGGAUGUUUUGGGUAGAUGCACCUUAGCCGCAGACUGUGAAACCUCUUCUCCAGCUGGGAAAGGAUUUAUGCUGCCUCAUUAUAAUCAUGAUCUUCUGGACAAGUCAUGUGAAAAUAAGUUGGAGGACAAACAUUUGGUGUCCUCGUUACAUCUACAACAGAACUCCUUGACAUGCCAUGUGAAGAUUGAGGAUGAGCUUGAUUCUGACAGAUGUCCAAACUUUUCCCAGCGUACUCAACAUCAGUCGUCCAACUUUGCCUCAAACACAGUGGGGAUGGAAGACAAUAACAGUAAUUGUAAUGGUCUAAUUUCUUGCACUAAGAGUCAUGGCCUUGCUUCUGGUCCUUUGCAGGAGAAAAAUGAUGUUCCAAUUCAUGAUCAUCUUAUCACUUGUGAAGAGGCUGAUGAAAAUGAGAGUUUCCCAGAAGACACAGUAUCUCUACCAGAUGUUGAAAACAAAAGCACUAAGCUAUCAGCUAUCCAACGUGUGGGGCGCAGUGCUAGAAAGCGUAGGCAUGGAGACAUGGCUUAUGAGGGGGAUGCUGAUUGGGAGGUCUUGAUAAAUGAUCAAGGUUUGGAUGGUGACAAUUCAUUUAGAACGAGAGUGAAGUUUGAUUCCUCUUCAAGUAUCGGUACAGAGUCUGAAAGUGGUGAGGCUGCAGCAGUGUCUGCUGGUCUUAAAGCUCACGCAGUUGGUCCUGUUGAGAAGAUCAAAUUCAAGGAGAUUUUGAAGCGCAGAGGUGGGGUUCAGGACUAUUUGGAAUGCAGGAACCAGAUCCUUGCUCUGUGGAAUAAAGAUGUUAGUCGAAUUUUGCCUCUCACUGAUUGUGGGGUAACAGAUACUUCUUGUGUGGAUGAUUCACCUCGUGCUUCCCUAAUUAAGGAUAUUUAUGCAUUCCUUGAUCUCAGUGGCUAUAUAAAUAUUGGAAUUGCUCUUGAGAAGGAUAAAGCAGAACCUGGUUCCAAGCAUGACUAUAAAAUUUUGAGAGAAAAAAAUUUUGAGGAAAUUUCUGGGGUAUCCGUUGCUGAUUCAGAGGAUGGAGUUUCCUUUAUCAUUGGCCAGGUUAAGAGUUCUAAAACUAAAAUUGAUGCGAAGAGCGGUGUCAUAAUUAAAAACGACAACUCGACACAGGGAGUCUCAAAAGACAAUGGGCUUGUUACUACAGUGGCAUUGGAAUUAUCCAAUGCAACAAACCAUGCUGAGUGCAAGGCGGAUCACCCGGAAAACACAAGUGUUGAUGCAAGGUUACAAAGUAAAUUGGACAAUAAGGAUGUUUCAAGUAGUGAUCCAAUUGGUGAGACAUUGGGUGAUGGAGGCGUCCCUCUUGUAACUCCAGAGUUAAAGAAUGUAUCACAUAGUACUCAGUGUGCAUCACAAGAUCAUGCAGUGAGAAAUAAUAAUCUGCAAUGUGGUCUGGAAGUCAAAAAGAAAAUCAUUGUCAUAGGUGCUGGUCCUGCUGGAUUAACUGCUGCACGCCACUUGCAACGUCAGGGCUUUUUAGUCACUAUAUUGGAAGCUAGGAGUAGGAUAGGGGGCCGUGUUUAUACAGACAGGUCAUCUCUAUCAGUUCCUGUGGAUCUUGGUGCGAGCAUUAUAACUGGUGUUGAGGCUGAUUGGGCAACUGAAAGACGACCAGACCCCUCCUCUUUGGUUUGUGCUCAGCUGGGCCUAGAGUUGACUGUCUUAAACAGUGAUUGCCCUCUUUAUGACAUUGCAACAGGUGAAAAGGUUCCUGCAGAUCUGGAUGAAGCAUUGGAAGCAGAGUUCAACAGCCUUCUUGAUGACAUGGUAUUGCUUGUUGCACGGGAGGGAGAACAGACGAGAAUGUCCCUCGAGGAAGGUUUGGAAUAUGCCCUCAAGAGGCGUCGUAUGGAAAAAACAGGGACUAGUAUUGAAGAAAAAGAACUGCAUGGUUUAAUGGAUGGUUUCACUGAUGCCAAAAAAAGUAUAGAUAGAGCUGAAGAAAGUUGUCAAAAGCAAGAGCUUUUGAGCCCUCUUGAGAGGAGGGUCAUGGAUUGGCAUUUUGCCAAUUUGGAAUAUGGUUGUGCUACUCUACUGAAGGAGGUAUCUCUCCCCAACUGGAACCAGGAUGAUGUUUAUGGUGGCUUUGGAGGAGCUCACUGCAUGAUUAAAGGGGGUUACAGCACUGUUGUUGAGUCUCUUGGAGAAGGACUUCAAAUUCACUUGAAUCAUGUAGUAACUGAUGUUUCAUAUGGCACCAAGGAUGCAGGAUUGAAUAAUAACCAGUGUAACAAAGUCAAGGUUUCCACAUCUAAUGGCAGCGAUUUUUCAGGAGAUGCAGUUUUGAUUACGGUGCCUCUUGGGUGCUUAAAAUCAGAAACCAUCAAAUUUUCCCCACCGUUACCCCACUGGAAACAUUCUUCCAUCCUGCGGCUUGGGUUUGGAGUUCUUAAUAAAGUAGUUUUGGAAUUUCAGGAUGUCUUUUGGGAUGACUCUGUGGAUUACUUUGGAGCAACUGCUGAGGAAACAGACCUGAGGGGCCAGUGCUUUAUGUUCUGGAAUGUCAAGAAAACCGUUGGGGCUCCUGUUCUUAUAGCUUUAGUGGUUGGUAAGGCAGCUAUAGAUGGGCAAAAGAUGAGCGCUUCUGAACAUGUUAACCAUGCUUUAGUGGUACUUCGUAAAUUGUUUGGAGAGGCUUCAGUACCUGAUCCUGUUGCAUCAGUUGUGACAGAUUGGGGUAGGGAUCCUUUCAGCUAUGGUGCCUACUCAUAUGUUGCUGUUGGAGCUUCGGGGGAAGAUUAUGAUAUACUAGGGAGACCUGUUGAGAGCUGCCUAUUUUUUGCUGGUGAAGCUACCUGCAAGGAGCAUCCUGACACUGUUGGUGGUGCGAUGAUGAGUGGCCUUCGGGAGGCAGUGCGUAUAAUUGACAUACUGACUACUGGAAAUGAUUACACAGCAGAAGCAGAGGCAAUUGCGGGUAUUCAGAGACAAUCAGAUUCUGAAAGGGAUGAAGUUAGAGACAUGACAAGGAGACUUGAUGCAGUUGAACUUUCAAAUGUCCCUUACAAGACCAAAGAGGCCCUACUCCAGGACAUGUUCUUUAAUGCAAAGACCACUAAAGGAAGGUUGCAUCUGGCCAAGGAGUUAUUAAAUCUUCCCGUUGAAACCUUGAAGUCCUUUGCUGGCACCAAAGAAGGGCUGACUAUUCUCAACUCAUGGAUACUGGACUCGAUGGGGAAGGCUGGGACUCAACUCUUGCGGCAUUGUGUUCGGCUCCUUGUGCUUGUUUCAACGGACCUACUGGCUGUGCGCUUGUCUGGCAUUGGGAAGACUGUAAGAGAAAAAGUUUGUGUACAUACGAGCCGUGAUAUACGUGCCAUAGCAAGUCAGCUAGUUAAUGUGUGGCUAGAAGUUUUUCGCAAGGAAAAAGCUUCCAAUGGUGCAUUGAAGUUGUCAAGGCAAGCAACUGCUGCAGAUGCAUGGAAGAGAAAAACAAUUAGAGAUCCAUCUUCUAGUAAGCCACCUCUACACACAUUUCAUUGUGGUUUGGAGCACAAAGGAAGCUUACAGGAUUCAGCAUCCACUGCAAGCCAUUUGCCCUUGAAUGCAAAUGGUAAGAAAGUGAACGGCAAAUCUAUUAAGGGUGAAACAGAAAAUUCCUCAAAAUCGGAAAUCAAUUCAUCAAGGUUUCGUGGUUCAACAGACAGGCCACAUUCUGAGCUAAAGGAGAUUGAGGUUUCUGUGACAGAAGCAGAAAGAGCUGCCAUUGCUGCUGCUGAAGCAGCCCGUGCAGCAGCACUUGCAGCUGCUGAGGCAUAUGCAUCUUCAGAAGCCAAGAGCAGUACACUGCUUCAGCUUCCCAAGAUUCCCUCAUUUCAUAAGUUUGCUCGACGGGAGCAGUACCCUCAAAUGGAUGAGUAUGAUUUUAGGAGGAAGUGGUCUGGUGGUGUUUUGGGUAGACAAGAUUGUGUAUCAGAAAUAGACUCCAGGAACUGCAAAGUUAGGGAUUGGUCUGUUGAUUUCUCUGCUGCUUGCGUCAAUAUUGAUAGUUCAAGAAUGUCAGUCGAUAACCUCUCCCAGCGGAGCAAUCCAAAUGAGACUGCUAGUCAAACGAAUUUCAGAGAGCACUCAGGAGAGAGUGCUGCUGUCGACAGCAGUAUUUAUACAAGAGCAUGGGUUGAUACAGCUGGUAGUGCCGGGAUAAAGGAUUAUCAUGCCAUUGAGAUGUGGCAAUCUCAAGCAGCUGCAGCAGACCCUGAUUUUUUCCAUUCAGCACCGUAUAUAAAUGACGAGGAAGAUUCAAAUACGACUUCGAGAAAACACAGCUGGAAGAAUGAAGGACCUGUAAAUGAGAGCUCUGUUUCCCAAGUUACCAUGAACAAGGAGUCGUUAAAAAGUCAUCAUCGAGGAGCAGAUAAUAUCAAGCAGGCUGUUGUCGAUUAUGUGGCUUCAUUGCUUAUGCCCCUUUAUAAAGCUAAAAAAAUAGAUAGAGAGGGAUACAAGUCAAUCAUGAAGAAAAGUGCUACCAAGGUCAUGGAGCUGGCCACAGACUCAGAAAAAGCCAUGGCUGUUUAUGAGUUUCUUGAUUUCAAGCGCAGGAACAAGAUCCGUGCAUUUGUGGAUACAUUGAUUGAGAGGCACAUGGCAGCGAAGCCCACAAUGAAAUCUUGAUGGUCCCUUGGGUUGAUUGGCCUGUGUUUGUGCAUGGACUUCCGUACAGUACAUGCAGAAUUCUGUUGUUCCUGGAUGAAUUUAAAGCGUACGCUUGGAAGUGGUGGCUCACAGAUAGAAUCAAAUCGGAUCUUCUGAAUGAAACUGCCUACAAGCAUUUCAGUGAUUUAGAAGAAGCAAUGGAAGAAAGGGCAUGUUUGUUGCCUGUUGAACUGGGCAUCGUGAAAUGCAAUUAUGUUUGGUCAGUGCAAUAGGGACAACCAUUUUGGAUGCAAAUGGAAGCAUAAUGAAUUCUCUCAAAGCAGGUUGCUUUGUCCAUUUCAAUUACAUGCAUCAACUUGGUAUGGAGAUGAUAGCAGAUUGCACGAAGAAGUUGGUUUGUCAUAUCCUAUUUUUCAUUCGGGGAUCCUCGACGAGGAGAAACUAAUUCCUGACUUUUUUCUUUUUAUCAUUAUUUCCUAUGUGUACAGAGUAGGAUUGUGUUAGUCAACAAGAAUACAGAACAUUUUUCCAUGGUGGCCAACGUACUUUAAUCUGAUAUGGUUACUCUUUUGGUUAUACAGAAAGCACUAACUUUA